AGUCUACGAAUAUGCUACGUAAAAUAGUAGCUUUAAAAGUAUAUUUAAGCCAAUUUAUAUACGUUGCUUUCUUUUAUAAAACACAACUUCAGGCAUAGAAGUACGAGCCCUCUCUCUCACCCAACCGUGUCGGGGAGAGGAGGGUGGCAGGUGUUCAGUUGAGGAAGACGCAUCGUCUCAGACGGCUCCCGAAGCUUCAACAGGGUGAAGCGGGAAGAAACUGGGUUCUUUUUUUUAAAAAAAAGCGCUUAUAUUUUUAAAGGCUUAUUGAGGAGAUAAAGACUUAGUAAGUACCAAUGAUAAAACGUCUUUAAUUCGUAUACAAAUUCGUGGUAUACUCCGGUGACUGUUUUCAGUGACCGUUGAAGACUGGACAAAAAGCGAAAGGCUCCCAGUGUCGCAGUAGCAGCAAUGAGAGUCAGAUUUGUAGCGCCUGUCUCCCUACUUCACAACCGCCACUUUUUUGGCUUUUUGACGCUCAUUUUCAGCACUGGGUGCACGCAACGAUAGAAGACCACCGGCGGCUGGCGUGAAACUUGUAAAUACGUUUAUUUUUGUCUUAACCUGUUGUGUCUUUUUUCCUGUGUUAAUGCGAGCUGCCGCGCAUCACAGUUUAGCUUAACUGUAUUAAGUAGCUUUUAGUUGGUUAAAAGUUAAAUUUGAUAUUUGAUUGUUUUCAUAUAGCCCACUGCAGCCUACCUUUUAUGCGUCCAGACUUCUGGAAAAGACUCGGGAGCCCUGUGUAAUUUUGUUUGGAGACUAAAUCCUGGGUUAUUCACAGAAUCAAUUAGUGGAUUGAUUUUUUUAAGCGCAUGUACUCAUAGAGGCAAAUCACUGAUGGAUCAUUUCCUUGUUUUAUCGCCUCUUUGUUAAUGCGACCACUGUCCAAACAGAUAAAUGAUCCACGGGGCAAAUCCUUGGUGAGAACAUCAACACAACCGCGGUGGUCGAUAGCGGGGAUAAGCAGAUAAAGUCUAAAACACACUCAGAUUUAUUAAUUUUUUUUUUUUUUGCUCUGAUCAAUCCAAAUGAAAAUGAGACAUCACAGGUCACACACGGACUCAGCUGCAGCAGCUGUAUAUUACUGCUCAGUUAUACCAUAAGACCGAGGGAAAGUGUUCUUCUUUCCUGCUGCUCUUCGUUAGCCCCACUGCCUGUCCACUUUUGGCUGUCGGAGCUGCAGUCAAAGCGGGGAGCUUGCCUGCAGCGACAGUGGUGAACUCCUGGAGCUUUGAUCUUCGCUUCAACGUGACCAGCAGCCGAGGCUGAAGACUGUUCUCUGCACCGAUUUAUUCCCAUUCCAGUGCAAGGCUGGGAGAGUUGCAGACGCAAAGCACAAGCAGUCGCGGACGCGGCUUCGUCCCGCUCUCGUGCAAGAUGAAACCGGAAAGUAGCCGCGAAGGAUCCCCGGAGCGUGUGGAGGGGCCCGCAACACGUAGCCGGCAGAUAACGUUGGGGACCGGGACGGUCCGUAGUGGGAGCCGCAGUCUGCUUCUUUUUCUCCUGCUCCUUCUCGGCAGCGGCUGCCACAUGUUGCACGGUCAAGAAGUGGCUCCCUACCUGCAAGGAGGUGGACGGGAACAGCAGGUGGUGUUGGAGGGAAACAGGCUGGUGCUGACCUGCCUCGUUGGAGGAAGCUGGCCUCUGCAGUACCGCUGGACCCUCAACAACAGCAACAUCACUGACUGGACAUCACAGCACAGGUUAACUAUGCCGUCUCUGAAGAGGACUGAUGCUGGUCUGUAUCAGUGUAUGGUGAGGAACAGGAUGGGAGCAGUAAUACACAGGAGAACACAGGUGCACGUGGCCUUUUUGGGGAAUUUCUCAGCUGAGGAGCAGAGAAAGACAGCGACUCAAGGCCGAGCAGCCAUCAUCAGUCCACCUUCUCUUGCUUCUUUUCCACAACCUCUAGUAACAUGGUACAAAGAUGGGAACAAGAUCAUCCCCAACAACAGAAUAGCAAUCACGUUGGACAAUCAGCUAGUUGUCUUGGCAACCACUGCAACGGAUGCAGGACGAUACCAUGUGGAAGCUGUGAACGAGAUGACUGGAGAGAAUGUGAUGAGCCCUGCUGUCUACCUGAGCAUUUUAGAUUCUGAGUCAGAGCUUGUGGCUCCAGCAAUUGUGAUUGGACCUAAAAACACAACAGUGGUUGCAGAAAGAGAGGCUACAUUGGAGUGCAUUGCUAAUGCAAGACCAAUUGACGGGCUUGUGGUAUCGUGGAAACGUGAUGGACGUUGGCUAACCAGUGGGCGUCGGCUUAUUAUUCCUGCCCCCACCACUUCGGACACAGGGUUAUAUGUUUGUGAAGCAUCACUACUUAGCAACACUACUGUCAAACCUAUGGAGGCAAGAGCACACCUCACUGUAAUGGAACCACCACUGCUGACAGUUCAACCCCAACAAAAGAUCCUGGCUGAUAUUGACAAGAAUGUAGAGAUCCCCUGCCUGGCUUCAGGCAUACCCCAGCCUCGAAUUGAAUGGUAUAAGGAUGCUGUGCUGCUUUCUAAACUGGCCAACCCUCGCUACAAGGUCAGUGCAGCCACUGGGUUGACGGUGCGCAGGGUACAGCCAGGAGAUGGAGGAAUAUUCCAGUGCUUCGCUCGCAGUGCUGCUGGAGAGGCUCAAGCUUACACAGAACUCCUCGUCUCCAGUAUGCCCCCCACAUUUACAUCCACCCCAUCUGACCAAACAGUAACUGAUGGCGACACAGCCUUGUUUACCUGCCAGAACAGUGGUGCUCCGAAACCUGCCAUUACCUGGAAGAAAGGAUCGCAGGUUGUUGCCAGUGGCUCUUUCCAAGUUCCUAGGUUCACACUGAUGCAGUCUGGUGGUCUGCAGAUUCAACCCGUCAGUUUCCAGGAUUCAGGAGAAUUCACCUGCAUCGCCUCAAACUCAGAGGGAACCAUUAAUGCCACUGCUACACUCACAGUCUGGAGACGCAGUGUCAUUUCUGUGCCUCCAACAGACCAGCGUGUCAUCAAAGGAACCACAGCUGUUCUGGACUGUAAUGCUACAAAUGACCCCAGAAUCAAUAUCAGCUUUAAGUGGGAUCGCGGUGGUGUGCCUGUUGUUACGAGCGGUGGCGGCCGUGUCGCUGUGCGGGGAGGCUCUCUCACUAUUGGCCAGACAUGGUCAGGUGACAUUGGGGACUACACGUGCACUGUGACAUCACAAGCUGGCAAUGAUUCCCGGUCUGCACGCCUUGAAGUCAUUGAGCUACCACAUUCUCCUCGCUCCCUGACGGCUCGUCUCAACGAUUCAGACUCUCGAUCUGUUCGUCUCUCCUGGCUGCGCCCUUUCGAUGGAAACUCCCCUCUUCUGUACUACGUGUUGGAGCUCUCUGAGAACAACUCUCCCUGGAAAGUCUACCUAUCUGAGGUUGAUCCUGCAGUGACCGAGGUAUCAGUGGGCGGGCUCACACCUGCCAGAACGUACCAGUUCAGACUCUGUGCCGUCAACCAAGUGGGCAGGGGUCAGUACAGUGCUGAAACACAAAGAUUGAUGCUACGGGAGGAGGCACCCAGUGCACCUCCAAAGAAUAUUGUGGCCAGUGGCCGCACAAAUCAGUCCAUUAUGGUCCAAUGGCAGCCUCCUCCAGAACCCGAGCUUAAUGGAGUCCUCCGAGGAUAUGUCCUGAGGUACCGCCUGGCAGGAUUACCAGGGGACUACCAGGAAAAGAACAUCAGCAGCCCAGAGACUAACUACUGUCUGCUGAAAGAUCUCAUCAUCUGGACUCAAUACCAGAUCCAGGUGGCUGCCUACACAGGAGCCGGCUUAGGAGUCUACAGCAGUCCUGUCACUGAGUACACACUGCAGGGAGUUCCCACAGCACCUCCACAGGAAAUAGAAGUUGUAGCUAUUAACUCAACAACCAUCCGCUUCACAUGGAACCCUCCACCUCAGCAGUUCAUUAACGGCAUCAACCAGGGAUACAAGCUGCUGGUAUGGCCAGAGCAGUCUCCAGAGGAUGUCACCAUAGUAACCAUCACCCCAGACUACCCCAGCUCACGGCAUACAGGGUUAGUCAGCGGGCUCAAGAAGUUCACCUGGUAUUAUGGCUCCACCCUCUGCUUCACUACACCUGGAGAUGGCCCCCGCAGCUCACCCACCCUGCUGCAGACACAUGAAGACACACCUGGACCCGUCCGCCACUUGAGCUUCACUGAAAUCUUGGACACAUCUCUCCGAGUGAGCUGGGCAGAGCCAGAGGACAAAAAUGGCAUCAUCACUGGCUACAUGCUGUGGUGGGAAGUGCCAAAUGUAGAGUCAAGUCGAGAAGAACGGUCCCUGUCAAACUCCACCCUGCAGUAUCAGCUGACAGGCCUAACCUCCACCACCGUGUACACAAUACAGGUGGCUGCGCUUACCGCUGCAGGACGGGGCGUGGUCACAUCCUCCACCAUAUCCACUGGAGUUCCACCAGAACUUCCUGGUGCUCCUGCUAACUUGGUGAUCUCCAAUAUUAGCCCUCGGACGGCAACGCUUCAGUUCCGCUCUGGUCCAGAUGGCAAGACUGCCAUAUCAAGAUGGAUUGUAGAAGGACAGGUGGUAAAGGAGGAUGGAAAGGAGGAGGCAUGGAAAGUUGUCUAUCAGAAAGAUAACCAGCCACAUGCAGACACACUGGAAAUCCCCAACCUCACUCCAUUCACUAAGUACAGGUUCAGGAUGCAGCAGGUGAACAUUGUCGGUUCCAGUCCCAUGAGUGCCCCUUCAAGGCUGAUUCAAACCUUACAGGCUGCCCCCGACACACACCCCUCCAACCUCAGUCUGGUGUCUGCUACACAGACCAGCCUACGAUUCAGCUGGAAGCCUCUCCCAGAGUCUGAGUACAACAGCAGUCCAGAAGCUGUGGGCUACCGGCUACGUGUAUGGAGGGCAGAUGGCCAGGAAGGGGAUAGGACUAAGGAUGUGGAGGGUGGAGGGGACACCAGUGAGGCCACAACAGAGAAUCUGAAUCCCUGGACCCAAUACCAAGUGCACAUACAAGCAUUCAACUCCAUUGGACCAGGACCGUGGAGCCACACUGUUGCAGCACACACUGCCGAAUCUGUUCCAUCUGGAUCUCCAGUGAAUGUGACUGCUGUGGCAGUGAGUUCCUCCCGGAUCAUGCUCACCUGGUCUGCGCUUCUUCAUGCACAAAGGAAUGGAGUCAUUCUUGGGUAUAAGGUGUUGUAUAGUGAGAAAGACUCGGAAGGACCUCCUAGUGUUCAGCUUGCAGAAGGAGAGGGAAAUUUAUCGCUGCUCCUCUUGGCCCUCCAAAAAUACACAAUGUAUGUGCUGCAAGUUUUGGCCUACACACGGAUAGGUGACGGCCCACCCAGCAACCCCAUUCUGCUCAGAACCAAAGAAGAUGUGCCAGGCCCCCCUCUCCGCAUGGUAUUUCCAGAGGUUCGAUUGACAUCAGUUAGGGUGGUAUGGCAGCCACCUGUAUUCCCCAACGGCAUCAUAUUAGGCUAUCAGAUAUCCUACCGUCUUGACAGCAGGAACCCUCUGCAGUGGACCACAGUGGAGGUGGGCUCCAAUGCUCGCCAGUUCACUGUCACAGGGCUUUCCUCUGAGCAGGCUUAUGUGUUCCGCCUCACCGCUCGUACUGCUGUGGGCUGGGGUGAACAGCAGGAAGCCCUGGUAGUUACCACCGAACGCAGAGAGCGUCCACAGCCACCCAGGAAGUUGUCUGCACCUCAGGAUGAGGUUGAAUCUCACCGACUGCAGCUGUACUGGGUGACCGGUGGCUCAGGCUCUUCUCCACUAAGAUACUUCACUCUGCAGCUCAGGGAGCUGCCCAAUGGGGUCUGGAAGACGCAUGCAGCCAACAUCCCACACAAUGUGACCUCCUGGACUGUUGACAGGCUGAGGCCCUUCACAUCAUACAAGUUUCGGAUGUUUGCCACCAAUGACAUAGGAGACAGUGUCCUCAGCAGGGAGACAGAUGCUGUUACAACUCUACAGGAUGUCCCUAACCAGCCUCCAGUGAUUCUCACAGUGAAACCAACAACUACUACCUCAGUACUGGUGCAGUGGAAGCGUCCUAGUGAAGGCAGUACUAACGGGGUUUUGACUGGAUACCGGGUGUAUUAUAAAGAGCUCCCUGCAAACACAUCUUCUACUGAAGCAGAGCUGCAGACAACCAAAAACAACACCACCAGUGCCCUCAUUACAACUAAAAGCACCUUCAAGACAGUCAGCAGCGCCUCACUCACAGAGUUUGAGCUGACACAACUAAAGAAGUUUAAACGCUAUCAGAUUGUUAUGACAAGCUAUAAUAUCAUUGGAGAGAGCGCACCCUCCACCCCAGUUGAAGUUUCUGUUGGAGAGGCAGCUCCAUCGGUGGCGCCUCAGUCUAUCAAAGUGUCGGCUGUGUCUCCCUCAAGCCUGGAAGUGACCUGGGACAUGCCCCCCCUCGAGACACAGAAUGGACUCAUACAAGGAUACAAGAUUCACUACUGGGAAAGAGACAUGCAGAACCAGACUGAGAAGGUGAAGGUGAUUUUUGUGCCGGACACUAGUGUGCACCUCACCAACCUGAGCAGCUACACACCUUAUCUGGUCACGCUGACUGCCUUCAACACUGCUGGAGAUGGCCCGCCUAGUGACCCCCGCGGUGCCCGAACACUGCCGUCUGCUCCCAGCCAACCGAGCUUCCUGUCCUUCUCUGAAGUAACAGGAGGAAGUGUCAACAUAUCCUGGGGAGCUCCACUCACCCCCAAUGGACAAGUGGAAGGUUACAGGGUCAUCUAUCAACCCACUGCUCCUGUACAAGGAGUGAGUAAAGUAGUAACAGUGGAUGUGAAAGGGAGUUGGCAGCGAUGGUUGAAGGUCCGUGACCUGAUUAAAGGAGCAGCAUACACUUUCAGUGUCCAAGCCCUUACAGUCAGCUAUGGACCGCCUAUAUGGGCAAAUAUCACCUCUCAGCCUGUGAAAGGGUCCCCUGGUUCGCCCAUGGAAAUGUCCAUCACCAAGACAUCCUCUGCCCUCACUAUCCACUGGUCAGAGGGAGAUAUCGGUGCAGCACCUGUGACUGGAUAUGUUAUUGAGGCUCGUCCCUCAGAUGAGGGAGUGUGGGACUCCUUCAUUAGACUUCUCCCUCCCACCAGCAGGUCUGUUUCAGUGCCGCUGGAGCGCCUGCGGCCAGGAAUCAGCUACGAGUUCAGAGUCAUCGCUGUUAAUCGCUAUGGCUACGGACAUCCAAGUCCACCCUCUGCUGCUCUGGCUGCACUGUCACAGCGUCCCUUUUAUGAAGAGUGGUGGUUUUUGCUGGUCAUGGCUCUGGUGGGACUCAUCCUCAUUCUGGUCCUGGUCUUCACUCUACUGCUGCAUGGACACAGCACCAAGUACAAGGCCUGUGGCACAGGGAAACACGUAACCACUGGGGAGGAGUCAGUUACGCUGGACAACGGAGGUUUCACCGCUCUGGAGCUAAACAGCAGAACGCUCAACACCAAGAACACAUUUCUGAAGAAGAACGGGACCAGGUCUCCUCCCAGGCCCAGUCCAGGUGGUCUUCACUACUCUGAUGAGGACAUCUGUAACAACUAUAAUGGAGCUGUGCUCACAGAGAGCACCACACUCACUGAGAAACCCACUGAGGUCUCUGAGUCAGAGUUAACAGACAGCGACUAUGAGGACGAGCAGCCAAACCACUCCUUUGUCAACCACUACAUGAGUGACCCCACCUACUACAACUCCUGGAAGCGGCAGCCCAAAGGCCUUAAAGGGAUUGGCACUCCUUUUGGCUAUGAGGAGUGUGCCACUGCAGACACAGAGCCCUAUUAUCAGACCGUGGUCACCCAGCACAGCACGGGUGGAGCGUACACACCCACAGGGCAGCCUGCACACACACAUGUCAACCCCAACACCAACCCACCAGGGUCGCGCACGCCUGUGACAGGAUUCUCUUCAUUUGUUUGACUCUAAAGACAAAAUCUGCACAAAAUACACACAAGUACACAUAAAGAAUGAAAGAGGGGGGGCUGGCGUGUGUUUGGACUGGAGGAACUGGUAAUAAAUCCGCCUGUGAUGGCCCCAAGAACUGAACUUACACUCAUUCGCCUUUUCUCCUCAUUCAUGAAGACCCUGUGUCGACGUGUGUGUUCAUUCAAUCUUUUACGCCUCGGUGUCACUGUGCUUACACACACACACACACAUUUCUCUUUUUCCACACAUUCUCACCGGCAUAACCCGCCUGAAACUUGUACCCGCUCCAGAGACUCUGCCAAGAGAGCCAGGGGCAAUGACUCGAUGAGUCCUUUUAUGGUAAUGUCUGAGAGAGACUCCCUCCUGGAUCUGGUGGAAGUUGGGAUUUCUGCACAAAAUUUAUCCUGUUUUCAGUAUCGACACAUAAGUGUUCAAGUCCACUUAUACACCCUCUGAUGUGCCAUUUCAGUAUCUCCCACUGAAAGAGAGGAAGCUGGAGGUCAAGGAGAGUCAUCAAAAGGUGGUCCAGAAGAUUGCAGCUUUUGCUGACAAACUGGUUCAUGUACACAAACACGGAGCUGCCAGCUUUUAAAGAUCACUACAAGAGAGAAAUCAGAGGAGUAAACGAAAAUUUAAAUUGAUAAUCACAGUUUUUAAACUUGAAAAGCAUGUAGAGUGUGAGCAGGGGUUCCUCAGCACUUACAGCGUCCUUUAAAAGAGUGAGAGGUCUCCAAGAGCAAUGUGUGAUGUUUGGGUUGGAAUAUAUGGAAAAUGUGUGGGUUCUUUUAUAUACCAUCUACUGCCUGUUCUCCUUUUACCACAGCCUGCCAAGCCAUAGUGCUUUCACUGAGCCGAAACCCCACCAUUUCAUCUUUCUUCAUUUCAAAUGUUAUUUUUUAUAAGUCUGAGUGUGAGGCGUGUGCACACAAGCAUGCGUGUAAAAUGGCUGUAUGCUCAUUCUAGAAGUCUGCGCAUCUGUCUGUGUAGUUCACUGCUAAGCAAAGGGUGCCAUUGUGCAUAUGUUUGUAUUUUUAAGAUGGAUUUUGUACAGCAAAAACCCUUUUUACUUGUGUGCUGUUGUAUGUAGUUUGGCCACGCUUGUGUAAUUCAAAGUAAACAGUGAAAGAGCACUGGAAAAAAAAAUUCCCAUACAAUAACCAAUGAGAGAAAAGGAGCUAAUGGUUUCUCAAGAAUCGGUCAAAAUAAGCCUCAGUCAUCAAGGACAGAGUGGAACAAGUAUACUUGAUAUUUGAGAGGAUUAUUCUGGUAUGAGCUGCGUAUGAUUGUACUUUUAAUAUUGAAACUUCAUCCUUCCAACCUCUGCUUUCCCCAAGAGAGCCUGGUGGUCAUGUACUUUGUACUUCUCUACCACUGCAAACAAAACUCGUAGAUUUUUGUCCACAUAUGAUUUGGAGGUUCUACUGGUCAGCAGCCUCCCUCACUCUGUCACGCUUGUUUUGAGUCCCAUACAGUGUGAAUAAAUGGUCAUUGUUUAA